AUGGUCGCCGUCAUCCAUACCAUUCUUGCGCUCGGCACGCUUGCCGCUUCCGCUGCUGCUGCGUCGCUAGCAGGCCGCAGCUCCAAGAUCACUUUCACCGUAACCAACAAGUGCAAGCACGAGUUUGCACCCAUCUUCCUACCUGAGCUGCCGGGCAAAUCGGAGUGGUCCGUCCUCAAGUCCGGCAAGUCGGAGUCCUACUCGUUCUACUCAGACACGUACCGCGGCACCGUCUUCUCGCCCCUCCGCCAAGCCAACAUCAGCACUGGGGAGGGCGCGACGCUCGGCGAGUUCGACCUGUCCACGGGCCAAUACGACAUCUCGGUAGCAAAGGGGUUCAAUGUCGGAUUGUACCUGCAGCUGCUGGGCAGGCAAAGCCAAGGAUACUGUCAGGCGGCCUCGUGCGGCAACAAGAACUGCAUUGACGCUUACAAGACCGACAGCGGUCUCAUGACGGCCAGCAGAAUCGGCCAGCAGACGGUCAGGCCCAAUCACAGCUGUCCUCCAACGUUCACCUCGUGGAGCGUUCAGUUCUGUUGA